AUUCGAACAUCAAUCCAAUCAAAUUAUAUUCUGUUUUUCAGUAUCACUUGGAUAAUCAGAAAUGGCAAAGAGUAUUUACCCUACAGUUCUUUUUCUUGUUACGAUAAUGAUGAUAGAUUCAAUGGUUGUCGAUGCAAGGCACCUGUUAGCUAACACUGGUGGCUUGCUCGGGGGUGCCAGUCCAGGUGGCUUAUUCGGGGAUAAGAACACUGGUGGCACAAAUUUGCUCGGAGACAGCAACACAGGAGGUACAAAUUUGCUUGGGGGUAGCAACACUGGUGGAACAAAUCUUCUCGGGAAUAGCAACACAGGUGGUACAAAUGUGCUCGGAAAUGGCAACACAGGCGGCGUAAAUGUGUUAGGAAACGGCAACACAGGUGGUGUAAAUGCACUUGUGGGCAGUAAUACAGGUGGCAUAAACCUGCCCCAUGUCUAAAUAUGCUCAGACGAGAGCGACGAGACAUAGGCGGGAGCACUAAUUAGCUCUCUUGUUGUUAUAGUACGUGAAGCCUGAAGAAAGAGCAAGGUGAAAAUAAGAAAGAAGUGGUUCCUAAGAGAGCGUCUACCAACAACGUGUUUGUAAUAAAGUUAUAUCCUGACUAGCUUGCUCAUGUUUGUUAUACAUUUCUAUCCUUCGCGUAUUUCUCUUCAUCUAUGUCAAUCGCAAAUACUGUAAAGAUAUUGAGUACUAAAAUGUCAAAAGUAUG